CGCCACCGUCCGGCCCGCCCGCCAGUCAGCACCGCUGCGCCGCCGCCAAGCGUUCGGGGCGCCGCGCCGCGAGGAGCCGGGAUGGGGCUUCGGGCGCUGGGCGCGCUCCGAACCCGGCGCACGUGAGAGAGCCGAGGAGCGCCAGGAGCCGCCCCGCUGCCCGGAGCCCCGUCGCCCAGGAGACGGGGAUGUCGGAGUCGCCGCCGCCCGUUCCCCGAGGAGCCGCCGCCCCCGGGAUCCCCGGGCAUGGUGCGCGCCCGGGCCCGCAGCGCCCGAAGCAGACGGCGCCCCCUACGCCCGACCACCCGCGUGGCCCGGGCCGCGCCGCGCGAGCCCUCUAGGCGGCCGCAGGGCCCCAGCUGCUCCACCGCCGGCGCUCCCUCGGAAACCAUGACCCCCGGCGCGGGCCCAUGGAGCCAUGGCCUAUAGGGUCCUGGGCCGCGCGGGGCCACCUCAGCCGCGGAGGGCGCGCAGGCUGCUCUUCGCCUUCACGCUCUCGCUCUCCUGCACUUACCUGUGUUACAGCCUCCUGUGCUGCUGCGACGACCUGGGUCAGAGCCGCCUCCUCGGCGCGCCUCGCUGCCUUCGAGGCCCCGGCGCGGGUGGCCAGAAACUUCUUCAGAAGUCCCGCCCCUGCGAUCCCCCGGGCCCGACGCCCAGUGAGCCCAGCGCGGCCAGCGCGCCUGCUGCCGCCGCGCCCGCCUCUCGCCUCUCCGGUGUCAACCACUCCGGCUCGCCUAAGCUGGGUACCAAGCGACUGCCCCAGGCCCUCAUUGUGGGCGUGAAGAAAGGAGGCACCCGCGCCGUGCUGGAGUUUAUCCGCGUGCACCCGGACGUGCGGGCCUUGGGCACCGAGCCCCACUUCUUCGACAGGAACUACGGCCGCGGGCUGGACUGGUACAGGAGCCUGAUGCCUCGGACCCUCGAGAGCCAGAUCACACUGGAGAAGACGCCCAGCUAUUUCGUCACUCAAGAGGCCCCUCGCCGCAUCUUCAACAUGUCGCGGGACACCAAGCUGAUCGUGGUCGUGCGGAACCCGGUGACCCGCGCCAUCUCGGAUUACACCCAGACGCUCUCCAAGAAGCCCGACAUCCCGACCUUCGAGGGCCUCUCCUUCCGCAACCGCACGCUGGGCCUGGUGGACGCGUCCUGGAACGCCAUCCGCAUCGGCAUGUACGCGCUGCACUUGGAGAGCUGGCUGCGGUACUUCCCGCUGGCCCAGAUCCACUUUGUCAGCGGCGAGAGGCUCAUCACCGACCCGGCCGGCGAGAUGGGGCGCGUCCAGGACUUCCUGGGCAUUAAGAGGCUCAUCACGGACAAGCACUUCUACUUCAACAAGACCAAAGGAUUCCCUUGCUUGAAAAAAACCCAAUCGAGCCUCCUGCCUCGAUGCCUGGGCAAAUCCAAAGGCAGAACUCAUGUACAGAUCGAUCCUGAGGUGAUAGACCAGCUGCGGGAAUUUUAUAGACCUUAUAAUAUUAAAUUCUAUGAAACGGUCGGGCAGGACUUCCGAUGGGAAUGAGCCUCCGCGAUGGGAGGGCGUGUCUGCUGGUCUCUUCCAUGGGGUUUGCCCGAGAGCCUCUGUCCCCGGCGAAGCCAGGCUCCAGCCCCGGUUCCCAUCUUGGGUCCCAUCAUCCUGCAACUGGGAAGCCCCCAGCGAAGGCCAGGAGACCGGGGGUCCCUGCCACUUAGCCCUGCCAGUGCAAAUUGAUCUGUUUCCGGCACCCCUGGGCAAUUCCAGAUGGCUUCCCCUUGGCUCAUAAGAGGUCCUGGGAAAUUGCUUUAGGAAGAGUGGAUCUUCCGACUAUGAUACAUAUUAUAAGUGGUGAUGGUUCUGUUGCUAUGAACACAGCAGUCUGUCCGGGUCCCUGUCCACCCCGGAGUGGGCUUGUUUAAUUCCGAGUGGCACGUACCUCCCUCUGAGCUCACUCUCCAGAGCUGCUCUGGGUGGUGGAUGGGAGAGCAGCCUCACCCUCCUGACCUUAGCAGCUCAUGGGGAGACAGGAGGGCUGGAGGCAACACCACCACCCCCACCCCCGCCACGGAUCCCCCUCCCCACCCUCCACCCCCAGCCAUUCCCAGCAGACAGACCCUUUGCUAAUGAAAUAAAUCAGUGAUUUCAAAGCCUCUGGGCUCAACUCUACUUGAAGGGGAACUGUCUUUGCAAAGCAGUCUGUGACUCUCGCUGCUCCCUGUGGACAAAAGCACAUAAUUUUCUGCUGUUACGGGUACUUUCCUCAUGCGAGCUUUCAUGUUCAGCAUGCAACGGAAUCAUGCUUGUCCAUGUGAAAUAAAUAUGGCUCUCUCGUGUCCUUAUGGCUGGGCUUUCUCUGUA